AACGGGCGCAGGAGAACCGAAGCGGUGAGAAUGGCGGCAGAGCCGCUUAGAGGAAUCCUUUCGCUGGACACGUAAUUCACGCGGCCCCUCUCUUGCCCUUCUCUUCGCUUCAAAGAAAGCUUCCUCCCGUCGGUAUAUAUCCACUCUAAAUCUAUCCAACUCCUAAAUCUCUCUCUCUCUCUCGAAACGGCCAUGGCAUCCCAAGAGCCCGCCUCUUCAAAUUUCCGCGACUCCAAAUCCCUCUACCCCCAAGUUCUAGAGUCCAACCCCGAGUCCGGCUCCGCUUUCCUGUCCCACCCCAACAAUCCCUCCCGCUCCCCUCUCUAUCCCUCCCUCGACGAUUCUCCUCCUCCUCCUCGUAAUCCCAACGCCAAUCCCUCCUCCUCCUCCUCCUUAUAUCCUUCCACCGAGAUGAAGGACCUCGUCGACAACCUCUUCCCCGAUGCCGAUGACGAGGACCCCAAGAACCCCGCCGCAGCCCCCUUCCUCCCGCCCCCGGUGGAAGAAACGCUUCUUCGGAUCCCCGGAGCCAUCCUCCACCUCAUCGACAAGCAGUGCAGCGUCGAGCUCGGCGCCGGCGAAUUCACCGUCGUCCGCAUCCGCCAGGGAGAGAACACCGUCGCCGUUCUCGCCCGCAUCGGCGACGACCUCGUCCAGUGGCCCCUCGCCCGCGACGAGGCCGCCGUCAAGCUCGACGACUCCCACUACUUCUUCUCCCUCCACGUCCCCAAGGGCGCUGCCGCGGAGGCGGCGGCAGACGACGGUGGCUCCGAGGAUCUUCUCAACUAUGGCCUCACCUUCGCCUCCAAGGGGCAGGAGGGGUUGCUGAAGGAGUUGGAUCGGAUUCUUGAGAGCUAUAGUAGCUUCUCGGUCCAGAAGGUGGAGGGGAAGGCGAAAUCGGAGGUGCUGGAUGGGUCGGUGGCGAAGGAGGUCACGCCGGGGGAGGUGAUGGGGCCGAAGAAGGACAUGUUGGAGGAGAGAUCGGCGGCGUACUGGACGACGCUGGCACCGAAUGUUGAGGAUUACGGUGGGUCGGUGGCGAAGGUGAUCGCAAAAGGAUCGGGGCAGCUCAUAAGGGGGAUCUUGUGGUGCGGGGAUGUGACGGUGGAUCGGCUCAAAUGGGGGGAGGAUCUGCUAAAGAGGAGGAUGGAGCCGGGCUCGAAGCAGAUCGAGGUCAGCAAGGAUGCUCUGAAGAGGAUAAAAAGGGUAAAGAGGGUCACAAAGAUGUCAGCGAAAGUGGCAUCUGGAGUUCUAUCUGGUGUUGUGAAGGUCUCUGGGUUUUUCACAAGCUCUGUUGUGAAUUCAAAAGCAGGCAAGAAGUUCUUUAGUCUUUUGCCGGGGGAAAUUGUCCUUGCUUCUCUUGAUGGAUUUGAGAAGAUUUGUGAUGCUGUUGAAGCAGCUGGUAAAAAUGUCUUGCAAACAUCAUCAGUUGUAACAACGGGAGUUGUAUCACACAGGUAUGGUGAGCAAGCAGCUGAGAUCACAAACGAAGGCCUUGAUGCUGCAGGACAUGCUAUCGGAACUGCAUGGGCUGUCUUCAAGAUACGUAAAGCUCUUAACCCAAAGAGUGCCCUUAAAUCAACUAGUCUGGCAAAGUCGGCUGUUAAAGCAGCAGGUGCUGAUCUGAAGGCCAAGAAGGCCAAAUAGGGAAGAAGGCAUAUUAAAGAAACGGGGUAUCUCUACUUUCUAUGCCGUUUGGUUGCUUUCUUUAUUUUCGUACAUCUUCAGACUUCCCUCCCAGCAGACAGGGAUGCUGGUCAUAUAUUUAGGUUUAUUUAAUGUAUGAUGAUUGCAUUUGUUCUUUUUCAGUGAAGUGGUCCGCCAAUCUGUAUACUCUUUUUACCUCAUCUUUUCUGUGUAAUGAGAUGUGUGCAAGUUUGGUUUGAGUGAAA